AAUUACAAUGCCCUACAUUUCAUCUAUAAAAAGACAUAAAUCUCAUAACUUGAAGACCACACUUGUGAUAUCUUCUUCUCUUUUGAGCAAUGGCAACAAAAAUGUGCAUUGUUUUACUCUUCCUAGUUCAAAUGCUACUUCUUCCUCUACAAAACCAUGCAGAGAUUAUUGUAUCCACUGUUGAGGUUCCAGCUCCACAACCUAGCAAAAACAGUAACACUACUCAAUUUCCCAAUCAAGGAAUCACUGAAGGAAGUCUUCAACCACAAGAAUGUGGACCACGUUGCAGUGAUAGAUGCUCAAACACACAAUACAAGAAACCAUGUUUGUUCUUCUGUCAAAAGUGUUGUGCUAAAUGUUUGUGUGUGCCUCCUGGAACUUAUGGAAAUAAGCAGGUUUGUCCUUGCUAUAACAAUUGGAAGACCAAAAGAGGAGGACCCAAAUGCCCUUAAAAGUUGUAAUAUUGUCUAAGUCUAUAUGAUAAAUAUUGUAAACUCUUUUUUGUUUUUUUUUCUUUUCUUUUCUUCUGGUUCGGAGUCAGUUCCAACAUUAAGUGGAUUCAGCCUCCUCCCGAUCGCAUUUAUGGAAAAAUAUUGUAAAGUCUAGAGCAUGGAGCUUGAGUACUAUUGAUAAAAAAUGUCUUACUAGUUACUACCACUCAAUGUAUGUACAUGCACUAUAAUAUAUUAUUAUAUAUCCAUGAUAUUUAAAAAACACUUAAUUUUA